UCUUUUGCCAUCCAUACCUCAUAACCUGACCUUCUUCUACCGAACCUCUCUACGAUUUCCCAUCGCCCUCGCUUCUUCAAUUUGGCAAAAUGGUAGAUUUCGAAGCCAAGAAACCCCUUCAAGAAUCCUCAGCGUGGUAUCUCUUUCAUCUAUCUGAAUGUCUCGAGGAUCGCCUUAUCAAACACUGUAUCGCUGGCGACGCCAUUCUCACAACUCUCGGCCACCCGCUGGUCAUUUGUCAACUUUAUCUUGUGGUCGCAGAUGAGCAACUUGAAGAUGCUCUCGCCGUCAUGCUACAGCAAGGACUCGAGCAAAGCCAAGGACCCGCUGUCUAUGUAGAGCGGGACGCGACCGUUGCUCCUCUAGGCUGGCCAGGAUACACCCUAAAGAGGCCUCGUGCACCUUUCCUCGCCCCGGAGGUCUCUCUUGUUCCCUCCAGUUUUUGGCAUAUGGACCUCUCAGAAGCGAGUCUAUUGAAAAACACAUUCCUACAUCCCACUACGCGAUGCCGAUUUCCAACACGGCUAUUUUAUAUAGAUGCUCUGAUCAAUGCCAUCAUCGAAUCUACACUGAAACCUGGCCACAACACGCGUAUCCAUGGGUACCUCGAAAUGCAGUAUCUCUAUUUAGUCAACUGGCUCUCUGCGUUUUCCCCGGAUACUCUUCUCAAGCUGCCGCCUGGUAAUAGGUUCUUUGUUGACUUAUAUGGCACACCUCUUCCACCCGCAACCCGGCGAAGAGUCUGUUUGAACCGGCAGCGGAUUCAACUGGGCCUACUAACUGUGGAAGACGCAUGGGGGUCAAUGCCGAUAAAGUUUAUCAACACCAUAAAGAAGAUUGAGGCAGAGAGGAUGGAUAAGAUGCGGCGAUCCAUACCUGAAGUGGGCUAGAUAACCUGAAUAGAUUUGGGACGUUUUAAAGUUAGGGAACCCUCCCAGAAAACCGUGAUGAAUACCACCGCUAUGCAACUACUAGCAGCCGGAUGAUUAUGGUUUCCAACUUACCCAUGAAAUUUUUCCCUAUUAUAGUCUACAUUGUUCAAUACGGACUUUUAAGGCCUUUCCUAUUCUUUUUCUUUUCGAGAUGAGCACUAGUGCUACCACGUGGUUCCCCAAGGAAAUAACUGUAAUAUAAUUAUUAAAUGUUCAU